AUGGAACAACUAGCGUUGAAAGAGGUUGGGAAGGAUGAGUACGAAAUGAUCAACCUACCUCAGAAGAUGGGCAAUCCGCUGGAUAUCGCGUAUGGCGGCUACGCAAUCGCCGUGGCAUGCAAAGCGGCGUCUCUCACAGUACCGGAAGGCUACCAUCUCUACUCUAUGCAAGGAAACUACCUAGGACCAGCAUACACGGACCGGCCUCUGCGGGCCAGUGUGCGGGUAGUAAGGCAAACAAGGACGUUUGCGACACGACAAGUAGAAGUGAGCCAGACGACCGAUGCCGGAAAGGAAGGAAAAGAAGGAGAGAAAAGAGUAUGCCUUCUUGCAACGACGGACUUUAUGGUCGCAGAGACUUCGUCCCUGUUAUCAUACUCCCAAGCUCCCUUGAGCAGCUAUCCAAACUGGAAGGAUUGCCCCACACCAUCGGUUGCGUAUUCCGGUCUUGUCGCAGAGGGGAAGAUGCCGCAGAAGAUGCUAGAUGCGCACGCAGUAGGCUUCAAUCUGCUGAACCACCUCUACGACCAACGUCUCUGCCCCAAUGCCAUCUUCGCGCAGAACCUCUACGGCAUCGCAAAAGAGCUCCCGCAUACACAAGACGACCUCCCUCCCUCCUCGCGUACAACUGCAGAUUGGAUCCGCAGCAAGGAAGUCCUACCCAAGCCUAUCGAUCACAUCACCGCACUGACUUUCCUCAUCGACACCGCUAUUGCGUUCUUACCGCUGUCGUUCAACCAUCGCUGGUUUGACGACGUAAGUGCAGUGUCUAGUUUGGAUUUCUCGUUGAGGAUCUUUGCGAACGAGGUGGAUGUGAAUGGGUGGUUGCUCAGGGAGUUGAGGGCGCCGGUUGCGGAUCAAGGACGUAGUUUUGGCGAGGCGUGGAUAUGGAACGAGGAGGGCAAGGCGGUGGCAUGUAUGAGUCAGCAGAGUAUUCUGCGGCCGACAAAGAAGAAGGCAAAAGGGAAGUUGUGA